CAAAAGCUUAAAUAUUAAAGUAGGUGCUAGUCAUAAAACGCAAACACCUCAAUUAGAACAAUAUACAAAGGGGCAAUUUAGUCAUAAUGUAAAGUCGAAACAAAGUGGAUCUCAAAACCAUAAAACAACCUCAAUGACAGCCACCACUAGCGUUAGAAAAAUCAAUGAAUGACAGUCAGCAUUUGGUCACAAGAUUCACUUGCUCCAUCGCAACACCAGCAACCACAUAUAUAAAAGAUUUCGGACCGCCACCUCACACCCCGCCUGUCCUUCCAAGCGUUAACUUUUAUGCCUCCAUAGCAGAGGGUCAACUGGCAAUCAAUUAAACCUCAACGACCGCAAUCUGUUUUGGGUUUGGGUGUAGCUGAAAAACUCAAUUCCCCCCAAAAAAUAGAGAAAAACAAAAUAAUAAAGCAAAUAUGGCUGAGGGCGACUGUAGUGGAGAACAUGUGGAGAGAACUGAGCUUCCGGCUCCGAUGAUUUCCCGGAAGGAAGUUAGUAUCUGGGCCAUUUUGAAGAACUGCAUCGGCAAGGAUCUGAGCAAAAUCACUAUGCCAGUGAUGUUGAACGAACCGCUGAGCUUCCUCCAGAGGCUAUGUGAGUACAUGGAGUACGCACAGUUGCUUACCGAAGCAGCUCUCCAGGAACAUCCGGCCGACCGGAUGAAAUACGUAGCCGCUUUCGCUGUUUCCGCUUUGGCUUCCAAUUGGGAGCGGUUGGGCAAACCCUUCAAUCCGCUUUUGGGGGAAACCUACGAACUCCAGAGAGAUGACUAUCGAAUCGUUUGCGAGCAAGUCUCCCAUCAUCCGCCAGUUUCUGCCUUCUAUGCAGAAUCCGAGAAUUUCAAGUUCUACGGCUCCAUUUGCCCCAAAAUCAAGUUCUGGGGCAAGAGUGUGGAGGUUAAUCCCAAAGGAACUGUAACCAUCGAGUUUCCCAAGUGGAAUGAGACCUAUUCCUGGACUAAUGUCAAUUGCUGUGUUCAUAACAUUAUUGUCGGACGACUUUGGAUUGAACAGUACGGCAAAAUGGAGAUCAUAAAUCAUUCCACAGGUCAUGUGGCAGAUCUCACAUUCAAGUCUGCUGGAUCUGGAGCCAAAAACUUGCAUCGAGUCGAGGGAUUUGUUAAAGAUUCCACCGACAAAAAUUUAUUCUUUUUAUAUGGUAAGUGGACCGAGUUCAUCAAAUGCUGUUCUGCCGAUUCCUACACCCAAUAUUUGAGACAAGGAUCGCGGAAGAACGACGAUUUUGACGGUUCGCCCAAUGGCACGCCAAAGAAAAUGUUCUCGAAGUUGAAUAGUUUUAAGUUGAACUCAUUCCGAAGUCUAUCGAUUCAAGAUAACGAUAGCUAUCCACCCAUGGAGCAAGAGGGGGAUAUACCAAAGAGUGAUUCCGCUUACUCACUUGAUAUUCCAGACUCAUCCACUUUGUGGAGCUGUAAACCUAGGCCAUCCAAUUGUAAUGAGUAUUACCAAUUUACGCAUUUUGCUAUGCAGCUUAAUGCUUUGGAUAAAAAUAUGAAACCACCGCUAACACUAUGCCCUACCGAUUCGCGAUUGCGACCUGAUAUAUUAUACCUGGAGGACGGAAAUCUGGACGGUGCGUCCAAGGAGAAGACCCGUCUUGAAGAGAAACAGAGACACACACGAAAACAACGAAAAUCCACCCAUGGUGAUGAAUGGUCACCAAGAUGGUUCAAGUUCGUACACAAUCCCCAAACAAAAACGGACGAUUGGCAGUAUAGUGGAGGAUAUUGGGACCGCAAUUACGAAAACACCGAUACGAUAUUUUAGAUACCUUUUGUAGAACGCUUAUGCUUAUAUAUACACCUAUAUAGCUCUAUAUAUAUUUGUAUAAAGUUUGAGAGUUGUUUAAACUAAGGAGUCGUUGAUAACUGGUUAAUCAUCAAAUUAACUUUCCAUUUCGAUCCAUAUGACUGUAUGAUCUGGUAACCGCACAAGCAUCUAUGAAAAAUAUUUAGUUAAAGCUUAGUUUUUGUAGUGAUUAUGUAUGUGUAAUUAACUAGUUGUUAAUUUUGUGGCGAUUCCAUGUAAAGCAAUUAAAAUGUUAUUCAGUUAUUUGUUGCCAGAAA